AUGGCUAUAGAAAAUGGACAGAAACGAGACGAUGGGUUGGCUUUUGUGGCGGUGACAAAGCCGACGGAUUGGACCAUUGUCAUACUGAGGGUGGUGGCAUUUUUGGCCACAGCGUCUGCAACUGUUGUAAUGGCACUCAACAAAGAGACCAAGUCCUUGGUGGUUGCCACCAUUGGGACAACCCCAGUUAGAGCCACCCUCACAGCCAAGUUUCAACACAAUCCAGCAAAUGUGUUCUUUGUGAUAGCUAAUGGGAUGGCCAGCCUUCAUAACCUCUCCAUGAUCAUAGUGCACUUUUUUGGAGACAAGUUCAAUAAGGACAAAGCCCUUCGCCUGGUGAUGGUGGCCAUUUUAGACAUGAUGACUGUGUCCCUGGCAUCUUCAGGUGAUGGUGCAGCAACCUUCAUGGCACAGCUAGGGAAGAACGGUAAUUCGCAUGCGAGGUGGAACAAAAUAUGUGACAAGUUCCACAAGUUCUGCGACCAAGGCGGUGGUGCCCUCAUUGCUUCCUACGUGGGGCUUCUCCUCCUGCUGGUUAUUACAGUGUUGUCCAUUGUCAAACUACUUAAAACAAAAUAG